AUGGCGGCCAAGAAAUUUCCAAUUUACGUGAUGUACAGGGCACCGCGUAGGUAUCUAGACGAGUUCAUAAUGCGCAUAGACGACGGUGUUAAAAAUGAGGGACACAAGAAUGCACUCUUCCUCCAAGAAAGCGACGACGAUACCGGGCACACGUCCACACAUGUCCGCGCCUACCUCAAUCACAGCAUAGAAGAUCUAGCCAUCAUAAAUAUCAAUAAGUUUUGGAAUAACCGCACAGUCACCUCCUCGAAAUACUUCACCGUCCUAACUGAUUCUCUCGCGCGAAGAGACUUGGUGGAGAUUGCAUGCAUAGGACACAACCCACAGAACCCAGAAGAUACUCCAAAUAGAGAUAACCUCAGCAUUCGAACGUUCACCAUACAUAUCAAAGACGCCAGUAUGUGUCUGAUUUCACUCGGCUCUGGCGAGAUGGAAAUCGAGGACUGGCUGGCCUAG